UGUUAUCGCUUUCGUCCUGUUCAGUAGGAAGUGGGAGGUAGGGAAUGGAAACGAUUGAAAUACGAUCUCGAGGGAUAGAAACACAUUUUCCCGAAUUAGGCUAAACAGGCGAACACACCAGGUAGCUUUUUGCAGAUUCAAAUCUAGGAACUGGUCAGCUCUUAAACGACUUCAACGGAAUUCAGACGUGCCAACAUUCUGUGGGAUUAUAAUCGAACAUGCUACUCCACAACCAUUGGAAAUGAAUAUGCAUGCCUAGAACGGAUAGGCUAUAUAGGCGUCAUCAGGCAUGACAUAUAUAUGGUUUCGUUUUUUAUCAAAAGGGAGCUUUACAGACCAGUCGUGCUCAAUUAAUUGGCUCUCCCCGAAAGGCGCUGAAAUGCAUGCACGUGUAUCUUUUGCUUUUAGACGUGAUAGGCUACGGUGUGAUGCAGUCACACACACCCAUGGCUUAAUGCCUUAAUACCACAUCUUACCUUCUGAAAGGAUGUAAAACAUAAAUAAAUAAAUACGCGACGGCAGCAAGGGGAGCUACUUGGUUCACCGUCUUUGAGAGAUCAAUGGAGCAUUAUCAAUUCACAAUCCUGAAGACACAAAUGAUUCGAAAUGUUAGAUGCACAGAAACAGCAGUGAACAAUAGUGGGUAGCACUCGUAGUUCUAAUAUAUAUAUAUGUGUAUUUAUGUAUGAUUACUGCGCGUGUUUCUUAUUAACCCAUAUUACUGUCGGAGCUUGGACUCGCACAAUCGCAGCCGAGGCAUUACGAAAUGGAUGGAACGACCGAACAGGAAAGUACACGGGCGAAAGGAGAAUAAUGCUAAGCUAUCAACAGAAACAGAAGAAGCGGAGAUGGAGAUGGUAUUGUCAACAGAACCGUCUUUUUUUCUUUCAGUCCUCGUGACAUCGCAAUCAAAAACAAAUCGUAGCCUAUUAUGGCUGUAUUAUUGAAUUAGUAAAUGCAUUGCAAGUCAUUGGCAUAUAACAACAAUUGAGGAAAAUUCAACCGAAAAGAGGAAGGACUUGGGCUACCGGUACACAUUUCCAUUCAUUGUUUCAUUAUUAUUAUUAUUAUUAUUAUUAUUAUUAUUAUUAUUAUUAUUAUUAUUAUUAUUAUUAUUCGGGGAUCGUCGUUUAGAAACCCUAAGUCAUUCGGUUGCAUUCGGGACACUCCCGCAGACUUGCUUUCUCAGCAGUUCACAGUAUGCCAGUGUUUGUGCGGUGGGGUUCUUUUUUUGGCUUGAGUUGAGAAUCGGGGCUGUGGCACUUGACUGAAGUCGGGCGGCCGGCGCAUGCCGCAGAGCGGCGCGUGGACGUCUUCAGAGCCUUUCUGGUGAAGAACGCGGGAGUCUCGUGAGGGGUGAGCCCCAAUCGCGCUAGAGCUCGAGCAAUGGAUGACUCGGGAAUUAUUCGGCGCCGGAGGCUGCAGAAGGAUCUUCCACUACCCCGGAAAAGCAGCAGCUGCCGCACAAGUAACAGGAAGAGCCUGAUCUUGACGAGCACCUCCCCCACCCUGCCACGCCCACAUUCACCACUUCCGGGUCACAUCGGGAGCAGCCCUCUGGACAGCCCCCGAAAUUUCUCCCCCAGCACCCCAGCGCACUUCUCUUUCGCCUCGUCCAGAAGCCAUGGGCACAGAGCAGACAGGGCCGACGGGAGGAGAUGGUCUCUGGCCUCGCUGCCCUCCUCUGGCUAUGGGACCAACACGCCCAGCUCAACGUCCUCCAGCUCCUCCCAGGAGCGACUGCACCAGCUGCCCUUCCAGCCGACCCUGGAUGAGCUGCACUUCCUGUCCAAGCACUUCGGCAGCACGGAGAGCAUCACUGACGAUGACGGGGGCCGGCGUUCCCCCCACGUCCGGCCCCGAUCCCGCAGCCUGAGCCCGGGGCGCUCGCCUUCGUGCUAUGACAACGAAAUAGUCAUGAUGAACCAUGUCUACAAGGAACGCUUCCCUAAGGCCACCGCCCAGAUGGAGGAGCGCCUGGCCGACUUCAUCCAGCGCUACUCGCCCGAGAGCGUGCUCCCGCUGGCCGACGGCGUGCUCAGCUUCAUCCACCACCAGAUCGCCGAGCUGUCGCGCGACUGCCUGGCCAAGGCGCGGGACGAGCUCAUCACCACCGUCUACUUCUUCGAGCUGCAGGAGAACCUGGAGAAACUCCUCAACGACGCUUAUGAGCGUAGUGAGAGCUCAGAGGUGGCCUUCGUGACCGAGCUCGUGAAGAAGCUCCUGAUCAUCAUCUCCCGCCCGGCCAGGCUUCUGGAGUGUCUGGUGAGACGGCCGCUCGUCCCUUUGGACCCUCGGGCCGCCGGUCCCUCGCUCUCCGUCCCUAGCGUCACCCCCGCUCGGGGAGGCGAGCUGUCCCAGCGUCGACACGCGCAGGGCGGAGUGACGGCCAAACUCAAAGGGGAUAGACAGAGGAGCCGCAGUCCUCUCACCGUCACUAAUCCCUCCUCAGACUGCGCGCUCUGUAAACACCACCGGGCCUUCUGA